CCUGUAACUAAGCAACGAUAAUGAUGCUUUGCCUCUCGGUGGUGAAUUGAAGAACUCUGGAGGCGUCAGAAUGGCUGAUUAUAAUUCUGAUCUAAAAGCUGAUGGACAUGGUGAGGUAUGGGUGGACUCUGAGCCUGGUGCGAAGCUGAAGCAAUAUGGCUGGAGGUGCACAACUAAGGAGGAUUCCUACUCCAACAAGACAUUACUUGGAAACUGGAACCAGGAGCAUUAUGACCUUCGCAAACUUGAAGAAAGGAAGCCAUUACCUUCUCAGUAUGCCCACUAUUAUAAAACCUCUUAUUCUGCUGACUACACCAGGAACGGGGGAUCAGCUGUGAGACAAGUGCCCCAUGUGUUUCCAGCACAUCAACCUGAACUGGAAACACCAAAAUACAGAACUCUUCAAAAAUCUUGUUACACUAUUGACUAUGGCAGCCCUAUCACCACUUCUGAUCAACAUGCUAUACAAAAUAACCCUACAACCGUGUUUCCUUAUCAAUAA